AUGCAUACCCAUCUCCUCCUUCUUGGCCUUCUCGGCCUUGCAAGUCUUGCCACGGCAGACAACUACUUCACCAUCGCCCUCCACGCACCCAAUAAUGUCUUGCUCCACGGCAAAAUCAUCAACGCUCGGGACAAAUCCUUCAUUGCUGGAGCCUUGAUGCCCAGCACUCGCUGCGGCAUUAACGAUGCCGCGCAGUGCCCGGCUGGCGUCGUCACCCUCGUCACGCGCGACAUGUCCUUUCUUGCCUCUGCGGCUCCUGGCGGCCAGUUUAUCUACGUCACCACAGACGGCUCCAUCAGCUAUCCUUAUGCUCACUCGUCGCUGCGCCCUCCUGGCGCCCAAAUCGGCGGCUUCUACGCGCUUCCCGUCACUUUUGACCACGGCGUGACCGUGAAUGUGCUCAACUGGCGGUCUAGAGACGGGACGAGUGGGCUGUGGGCGUGUGCCGUGGCCCCUGGGGCUCCCAUUGCUUAUCAGGCGGUGCUCAAAGCGUCGACUGCGCAAUUCAACGGCUCGGGAUGCCUUGCUGUUGACGGCAUCCUCACUCAGCCAGCGGGGAGUUCCUUUGGGGCCUGGGAGUAUACUUGA